UCUGCAAUGCGCAUGCGUCCGUAAACCAGGAAGUUGUGUUUUGUAUUGACGGAACAAAAUGGAACAGCUGUGUAAUGAAAAGACAUGAUUUAACAACAGGUGAGACCUCAUCCUGCCGGAGUUGCAGCCAUGGUCUGCUGCCCCCGCUGCCCCAGGCUGUGCUCCCGCUCCUCAGCCUACACUCUGCUGCUCGGCCUGUGCUUUGUGACAUUAGGGACCAGUCGCAUCCUGCUGCUCAAAUUCUCAGCCAAUGCUGACAGCCAAUAUGACUUCCUUCCUGCUUCGGUCAAUCUGCUGGCAGAGGCCCUCAAACUACUCUUCUGUUUGGUUAUGUCAGUCAGAGUCAUCAUCAGAGAGGGACGGUCAUUCAGAAGUUUGGGCAGCACUUCCAGCUCCUCUUUGCUCAACUCCCUCAAAUGGUCCGUUCCUGCUUUCCUCUACUUUGUGGACAACAUCAUCAUCUUCUACGUGAUGACCUACCUGCAGCCUGCCAUGGCAGUGCUGUUCUCAAACGUUGUCAUCCUGACCACUGCUGUGUUAUUCAGAAUUGUGUUAAAGAGGCGCCUGUCUUGGGUUCAGUGGGCAGCUUUAGUUAUCCUCUUCCUGGCCAUCGUUUCCUUGACAACCGGCUCAGGAUCCAAACAGAACUCCAUAGUGGUGUCAAGCCUUCACUCAAACCCCCUUUUCACACCCUCCAACUCUUGCCUUCUAUACACACAACUCUUGGAUCAGAUGAAAAACAGCAGUGCCUCUGCUUUGUGGACUUCAUCUCUUCCUGGUCAAGCCUGGAAGGACCGGAUGCUGGAGAAACUUCGAUAUCUGGGCGUGGGCCACAUCCUGAUUCUGCUGCAGUGCUUUGUCUCCUCUAUGGCCAACAUCUACAACGAGAAGAUCCUCAAAGAGGGAGAGCAGCUCACAGAGAGCAUCUUCAUCCAGAACAGUAAACUGUAUGCCUUUGGUGUGGUGUUCAAUGGCUUUACUCUUGGGGUGGGCAGUGAAGCCCGAGGGCGCACUCUUCACUGUGGCCUCCUUUACGGCCAUAAUAUCUUUUCCCUGGGCCUGGUGCUGGUCACCGCUGCUCUUGGUUUAUCGGUGGCUUUCAUCUUAAAGUUCAGAGACAACAUGUUCCACGUGCUGACCGGCCAAAUCACCACCGUCCUGGUAACUGCCAUCUCCCUCUUCUUCUUCAACUUCCACCCUUCACUGGACUUCUUCCUGCAGACCCCUAUGGUUCUGCUGGCCAUUUUUAUCUAUAAUGCCAGCCGCCCUAAAGACUUAGAGUACAGCCUGCAGCAGGAAAAGUUACGGGUCAUCAAUGGAGAGGUGUCUGAAAGGUCUAGAGGGGAUGGCGAGGAGCUAGAACUACUGACGAGGACGGACACAGACAGUGAAUCAGAGGAGUCACUAUGAGCAGCAUCACAGAGGCUCCUGAAGGAGAUUCAGCACAGACUUUUUGUUGAAGCGUUUACAGUAAAUGGCAGCGAUGUUGGGAUCAGCUGGGACUGUGACAGAAAUCAGAUGCUGGAGUUUUUCAGACGUAUGGAUCCUUAAAUGAUUCCAGUUGUAAUUGCUGCUCUUCAGCUGCUGAUGAGUGACCUCAUUUCAGGCUUUUCCUCCUUUUCUUUUUACCUGUUUUUAACACUUCAUUCAUCAUGUGAGAAAUAAAGAGAUUUGGAAAGUGUAGAUUUAAAAAGUAUUUCUUUUUAAAUGUGUUUUUGUUCAUCUAAUAGAAAUACAAAUGCAGCAUGCAAAA